AUGAGUAAACCGAGAUUCUUCGUUUUUGCCUUUGCUGCCAUAGCAGCUGCGUCCGCAGCUUCUAUAAACAGCGAAUAUUUGACACCCGUGGUGGAUAAUAGCCUGAUAACUCAGGAGUAUAUCCCACCAGAAGUGAAUGCCGAAGUCGCCCCAAUUGCCGAAGAUGGUUACCGCUACAAGGUUGUACGUAAACUUAAGUUUAGAAACCGCCGCGAUGUAAGCGAACUGGUGAACAAUGAAUAUUUGCCCCCAAGCACCGAAACUGCAGCCGCCACUGAGGAAGCUGUAGUAGUCGAGGAACCAGCUGUUGAAGCCACCCAAGACAGCGCCGUUUUGGCCAAUGAUGGUUAUCGUUACAAGACAGUGCGUCGUAUCCGUUAUCGUCGUCGUCGUGAUGUCAAUGAAUUGCCAACCAACGAAUACUUGCCUCCUGUAGCUGCCACUGAACAAGAAGUUGCUGUCGAAGCCCCUGUUGAAGCUGCUGCCCAAGAAUCUGCCGUCUUGGCUGAUGAUGGUUACCGUUACAAGACCGUACGUCGUAUCCGUUAUCGUCAUCGUCGCGAUGUCAAUGAAUUGCCAACCAACGAAUACUUGCCUCCUGUAGCUGCCACUGAACAAGAAGUUGCUGUCGAAGCCCCUGUUGAAGCUGCUGCCCAAGAAUCUGCCGUCUUGGCUGAUGAUGGUUACCGUUACAAGACAGUGCGUCGUAUCCGUUAUCGUCGUCGUCGUGAUGUCAAUGAAUUGCCAACCAACGAAUACUUGCCUCCUGUAGCUGUCACUGAACAAGAAGUUGCUGUCGAAGCCCCUGUUGAAGCUGCUGCCCAAGAAUCUGCCGUCUUGGCUGAUGAUGGUUACCGUUACAAGACCGUACGUCGUAUUCGUUAUCGUCACCGUCGCGAUGUCAAUGAAUUGCCAACCAACGAAUACUUGCCUCCUGUAGCUGCCACUGAACAAGAAGUUGCUGUCGAAGCCCCUGUUGAAGCUGCUGCCCAAGAAUCUGCCGUAUUGGCUGAUGAUGGUUACCGUUACAAGACCGUUCGUCGUAUCCGUUAUCGUCGUCGUCGUGAUGUCAAUGAAUUGUCAACCAACGAAUACUUGCCUCCUGUUGCUGCCACUGAACAAGAAGUUGCUGUCGAAGCCCCUGUUGAAGCUGCUGCCCAAGAAUCUGCCGUCUUGGCUGAUGAUGGUUACCGUUACAAGACCGUACGUCGUAUCCGUUAUCGUCACCGUCGCGAUGUCAAUGAAUUGCCAACCAACGAAUACUUGCCUCCUGUAGCUGCCACUGAACAAGAAGUUGCUGUCGAAGCUCCUGUUGAAGCUGCUGCCCAAGAAUCUGCCGUCUUGGCUGAUGAUGGUUACCGUUACAAGACCGUGCGUCGUAUCCGUUAUCGUCAUCGUCGCGAUGUUAACGAACUUCCCUCAAACGAAUAUUUGCCACCAUCUGAAUCUCAAACCGAAGAAGUCAUCAGUAUUGUUUCUGUUCCCGAGCAGACUGCCGUCUUUGGUGAUGACGGCUAUCGCUACAAGACUGUUCGCAAACUUAAGCACAGACGCCAUUAA